AUGAAAUCACGUAAAGCGAGACGAGGCGUGCGACUCGAUAUUACCCGACAUGAAAUCAAGAAAGGCUACAAGCGAGUUCAAGGUGGAUCCAUCCGGAGUAAAAUCAAAUCGGGAUUAUCGUCAGCAUUCAAGUUUGUGAGAGACAGUGGAUUACUAUCGAAAGCAGCGGACGCAGCAGUACCAGCUCUGGCGACAGCCUUGGGAGCCCCUCAAGCAGCUAUUCCAGUCAGAGCAGCAAUUAAAUCAAUGACAGGUGUUGGAAUUUACGAUAGCGAUGAGCAAGAUGUAGGAGGUCGUAUCUCCGUAGCAGACGUGAAAAUAUCAGCUAAGUCUGCACUUUGUUAUGCAAAACGCAAGGGUGUCCUGACAGAUGCAAUCGAUGUCGGGGAAAACUAUCUUCUUAGUAAAGCAACGAAACCUGAACAUGAAACGCUUAUUAAAUCAGUUAGAGGGGAAGUCAGACGACGCUACGGGGUAGGCAUUCAAAAGCGGAAGAAACAAAUAAAGGGUUUUCAAGAAGCAAAGGAUCGAAUGGCUGAUCUCCGUGCUAAGCGUAAGAAACCGAUGGUAGCUGGCUCUUUUCGAUCAAAUUAA